AUGAAGGGUCUGAUGAGGUUCGGUCAGAAAGGGAAGCUAGCACCACAUUUCAUUGGGCCUUUCGAGAUCUUAGAUCGUGUGGGAGCCGUCGCAUACCGCCUUGCACUGCCUACUACACUGGCCAGUAUUCACAAUGUAUUCCACAUAUCCAUGCUGAAGAAGUAUACACCAGACGAUUCACAUAUCAUUAGUUGGGAGCAGAUUGAGCUGACAGAUGAUGCCUCCUACACCGAGGAACCCAUCCGUAUCUUGGACCACAAGAAGCAGGUCCUACAGACAAAGACUAUACCUCUAGUGAAGGUUCUUUGGUCACAUCAUGGGGAGGAAGAAGCGACAUGGGAACGAGAAGUGAAAGUUAAGGAAAAGUACCCUCACCUAUUCAGUAACACACCUCAGGACAUAGGGACAGAGGAAGUUGCGGAGGAGCCAGAGGCAACGGAGGCCGAGGAGGAAGCUUACAAUGAGGAACCGUACCAGGAGGCAGCUGCUUAUUUUGGAUUGAAUCAGUAG